AUGAGUGCUGUGUUUCUCCUGCUCUUGGUAUCCACUGCGAACAUCGGUGCCGUGCUGGAAAAGGGUCUGCCGAGACGGGAACCGCGGCGCCUCUCGUGCGUGCGAUGCUGCGGGCCUUCAGAGCAGCCCGUCUCCAUCAUCUCCUCACGAUACACAAGGAUGAGCAGCGACCCUGCCUAUUCGGUCCCCAAAGUCCAACCCACUAUAGAUAUCACCAUCCUCAAAGGUGAGAAGGGUGAAAUGGGAGAGAAAGGGUACCCUGGAGCAGUUGGGAAGGAAGGAGAAAGAGGGCCCCGUGGCUUUAAUGGACGGAAGGGACAGAAAGGCCAGCCCGGCCCACAAGGCCAUUCCUGUAAGCAGCUCUAUGCUGCUUUCUCAGUGGGUCGGAAAAAACCCCUUCAUAGCUCAGAUUACUUCCAGCACGUCACUUUUGACACCGAGUUCGUGAACCUCUACAAACACUUCAACAUGUUCUCGGGGAAGUUCUUCUGCUAUGUGGCAGGAGUCUAUUACUUCAGCCUCAACGUCCACACCUGGAACUUCAAGGAGACCUACCUGCACUUGAUGAAGAACGAGAAAGAGGUGGCCAUCCUCUACACCCAGCCCAGCGACCGGAGCAUCAUGCAGAGCCAGAGCCUGAUGCUGGACCUGCAGGAAGGAGAGGAGGUCUGGGUGAGGAUGUUCAAGCGGGAGCGAGAAAAUGCCAUCUAUAGUGAGGAGUCUGAUGUUUACAUCAUCUUCAAUGGCCAUUUAAUCAAGCCAGCCAUAGAGUAGCCAUUCAUCAGCUUUAGGCUCGAAGCUUUGGUAGAUACAUUAGUGUCUUCCCUCUUAGAAAUGCAUAUGUCUAGCUCCACUUGGAAGGACUAGAGGCCUCCUGGCCUGAUGACAGGGUUGUACGUCCAUGGCAAGGUGACCUGUGUGGAUGGAGGUGACUGUGCUUCAAGGUGAUGCAAGCUACAGGAGUACUGAGACGGCUUCAGCCCUUACGUGCCCUGGAGAAGCAGCAGGCAGAAGGCCCCGGUGCUGCAGCCCUAUAUAGAUCCCCAGUAACAUCCCUGAAGAGUUUGCCAAGUUGGUAGCAAAUAUUCAACCUCUUUGCUCUGCUUUAGAGAAGACAUUUUAAUUAUAUCCAAGGGUCAUCUUCAGAUGCCAGUUAUCUGGGUGCUAGUUAGGGAAUAUCAUUACUCCUACAACAAUACUUGGGUAUCUUUGCGGGUGCAGUGUUACUAGUAAGAGCCCACACUCACCAGCACCUACACCAGGUCUGCUCCACUCAGGUGGGCAACAACACCCCAACAUUAAGAACAGUAUUUUGCACACCCUAAAUUAUGGUUUUGUUCCAUUUCAUGCAAUACUGAGAGCACAAUGCUAGAAUUAGAUAAAUAACAGCAUAUUGAUCCAGCAAAGCUUUUUCAGAGGCACGUAGCUUUAAGUAUAGCUGUAGCCACAUGCUAUAACUUCGCUAGACUUCUGUACUGCUAACAACGCUUCUCACACAAGAGCAUCCAGCACAGCUGGGAACAUGUGUAUUUUAAGGAAAAAAGUGGGCCUUGCCUUAGGAUCCCAUUUCAGAGUGUUCAUUGCCAGGCUGGAAUUUGAGGCCAUGCUCAUGUCUGAAAACUACCAUCUCGUAAUGCCUUCAUUUCUGGAAAGUGGAGGAGAAACGGGAAAGAAAAAAGGUGCUUAACUGCAAGCAGUGAUAUUUCAGGGGAUUUGGUUUCUUUUUUCCUAAAACAAGGUACAUGCAGCAGCAAGAGACA